UUCGUUUGUACGCUAUCCUCACGUCGCGAUGGAAUUAUUUUCGUUCUUAUUUUCGUCGCCCAUUGGGUUGUUAUUGAGCACUCUGAUUAUCAUCGGCAUCUUGAAAUUUGUUGCACUGAUACAUCAUGAAUACUUUUACUGGAGAGAUAAAGGUGUUCCUUACCUGCCCGAUUCAUUACGAUCUCUCGUAAUGAGUUGGAAAGCAUUUCUGCGCCGUCUGAGUAUCGUCGACCAAAGUCUUUUUUUGUACAAUUACUUCCCGGCUGCUAAGUAUCUUGGAAUGAUGCAAUUUGCCACACCUGUUGUGUUUCUGCGCGAUCCUGAACUGAUCAAGGAUGUUUUGGUGAAGGACUUCGAAAUUUUCCACGAUCAUCGCAGCUUCGUGGACGAAAGUCUGGACCCGCUAUUCAGUAAGAACAUCUUCUCCUUACGCGGAGAUCGCUGGAGGGAAAUGAGAAACACGUUAAGUCCCUCUUUCACUGCUAGCAAGAUGAAGAGUAUGUUCGAUUUAGUAUCAAAAUGUUCUCGUGAAUUCGUCAAUUACCUGGUCGAUCAUCCGGAACUCUAUAAUGCGAUUGAGACGAAGCAGAUUUUCAGACGGUACACCACUGAUGUAAUCGCCACAACGGCUUUUGGUAUAAGCGUAAAUUCUAUGAAAGAUCAAGAUAACGAGUUCUAUAUGAGGGGAAUAGAGAUGACUAAGGCUUUCUCCGGAUUCCUAAAUAUGUUCAAGUUCAUGUUUAUGCGUGUAUUUCCGCGUUUUGCCAAGUUGCUCGGUAUGACGGGAUUCGGCUCAACGUCUACGGCCGAGUUUUUCAAGAGGAUUGUUGGAGAGACUAUAAAAAUUCGAGAUGAACAAGGUUUUGUCAGGCCGGAUAUGAUUCACUUAUUAAUGCAGGCUCGGGACAAGCAGAACGGUCCCAGCGUCCACAAAAUGACAUUGGAUGACAUUGUUUCGCAAGCUUUCAUCUUUUUCUUUGCCGGUUUUGAAACAUCCUCGACGCUGAUGUGUUUUGUCGCUCACGAGCUGGCAGUUAAUCGAGACAUUCAAGAUCGCUUGCACGAGGAGGUGCAGCAGCAUGUCGCCGAAAAUAACGAGAUCUCUUACGAAUCGCUGUCGAAGAUGACUUAUAUGGACAUGGUGAUUAACGAGACACUCCGAAAAUAUCCACCAAUGACCUUCACUGACAGACUUUGCAUUAAAAAUUACGAGCUGCCUCCGUCGCAGCCAGGUUGCAAGAGCGUAAUCGUCGAAUCUGGUAGCGUAAUGUUGAUAUCCGUUUACGCUUUACAUCGUGAUCCCAAAUACUUUCCGGAUCCGGACAAGUUUGAUCCCGAAAGAUUCAGCGAAGAAAACAAAGACAAUAUUGUUCCGUAUACUUAUUUACCUUUUGGACACGGGCCUAGAAAAUGUAUUGGCAAUCGAUUUGCUCUCAUGGAGACCAAGAUUCUGAUAGCUUAUCUCUUGCAAAAAUUUAUCCUGAAGACAACGGAAAAAACUGUCGAGCCUGUCGUAUACGAUAAGAGGGAAUUCAGUCUGACACCUGAAGGCGGAUUCUGGAUCGGUUUGGAGAAAAGAGAAACGUGAUGAGCUUGUAUACGAAAUACACUUUUGAAGAUGGUUGAGAUCUAAUAUUUAUCUACGACACAUCAUUAUUGUGCCAUUUGAAUAUUCUAUAAAUUUAAUGUUACGUAUUUUAUUGUUCUAUCUUUACUGCGUUAUUAAAUUAUUGUUGGUAAAGAAUGACAAAGUGAAAUAUUAUGAUGACCACUGUGUGUCGUGACCUUGUAGGCUCUCGACUCUACGUGUUCAUAUUGAUGGUUUUUAAUGACUUACUUUAAUGAGUUAUUUUCAUAACUCGUAUUUGUAUUAGCAAAUGGUAAGGACGUUCUAGUACAGAUGUUCAUUCUUUAUAUAAGAAGACAUCUUUUAUCACUGCACAAAAAUAUUUUGUAUUUUAUUAGUUUCAAGACAGUUUUUUUGUUUCUCUUUUCUUAUAUUAAUUCGGAUCAUGUCUUUUAUAAUUUGUAAAAUUAAACAUUUUGUUUGACAUUUUCUGAAAUUAAUAUGACAAUGUAUUUAGUUAAUAGCUGUCGGGAUGCCUUUAAAAACAUUGUAAAAAAUGUAACAUUUUUAGAUGAUAUUUUUUAUAAUUUUUAAGAAUUUCUAAAGUGCAACAAAAUCGAAAAAUUAUUAUUUUUACGAAAUUCUUAUCUACGCAGAUUGACACAGAUUAAUAUUAAAGUUUUGUUGCUAAUUCUACAUUCGGCUUAUUAGAAUAAGCUUUUAUUUUUUAAUCUUUUUCAGAAAGCUGAUUAUAUACCAUGUUUAUCUUUUUGUAGCAAGUUUAGUUACUUAAAAUCUGAACAAAUUUACGAACAAAGAAAUGAUACUAUAAUAAAUACAUUAAUUCAAUAA